UCCCCCAAAUUGUCAGGAGAGUACAGAUACCCCCGUCCAAUGUCAGGACAAUACAGAUAUCCCCCAAAUGUAUCAGAACGGUACAGAUAUCCCCCAAAUGUCUGGAGAUGUUACAGAUAUCCCCAGAAAUGACAGGAGAAGUACAGAUACCCCCCAAAUGUCAGGACAGUACAGAUAUACCCCCAAAUGUCAGGACAGUACAGAUAUCCCCACAAAUGCCAGGACAGUACAGAUAUCCCAACAAAUGCCAGGACAG